GGGGGGAGUUUUGCGUGCAAGUGUGAUACAAUACAUUAGUUGAAAUGACUUUGUCUUGAAAAAGUCCGAUCCUCUACAUGGGCCGUGAAGGUGGAGCAGCAGCGCAAGCGGCUGCCGAUCUAUAAGCACCGCCUCGCGAUCCUACAUGCCGUUGAGACCCAUCGGGCCGUGGUCUUGUGUGGGGCCACCGGCUGUGGGAAAUCCACCCAGCUGCCCCAGUACCUGGAUGAUGCCGGCUGGACCGCCAAAGGCUACGUGGUCUGCGUGACGCUGCCGCGGCGCCUGGCCGCGGUGACGGUGGCCUCGCGUGUGGCGGUGGAGAUGGGCGCCCAGCUGGGCUGGGAGGUGGGCUAUCGGAUUCGUUUUGAGAGCCACGUGACUCCUGGUGUCACUCGCAUCGAGUUUGUCACGGAGGGCAUCCUCCUCCGAGAGAUGCUGAGCGAUCCAUUGCUCACACGCUUCAGCGUGAUCGUCGUGGAUGAAGCUCAUGAGAGGAGCGCCAACACAGACCUCUUGCUCGGCUUGCUGAAGAAGAUCUGCCGGAAGCGCCCCCGGUUGCGGCUCGUGGUGGCCUCUGCAACGUUGGACGCGGGCGCCUUCCUGAGCUUCCUGGCGCGGAAAGGCCGCACGGGCGCAGCACCACCGCCCAAGCGUCCGCGCUUGCGCGGCUGGGACGAUGAGACGGGUGAGACGUUGCAGCGGCGCAGUGAAGAGGCCGAUUGGCGCAGGCUUUGCGUUGACCUUAGUGGCGGCGGGCGUGGAGGUGUCCCAGAGAGGGACUGCUGCCUACUCGAAGUGGAAGGCCGACUUCAUGAUGUCCAGGUGCACUAUUUGGACGAGCCCACGGGCGACUAUGUGGAAGCAGCGGUGAAUCUGGUGAUGAACAUCCAUCGCAGCCUUCCAGAGGGCGACAUCCUGGUUUUCUUAACUGGACGAGAGGAGAUCGACGUGGCAUGCUCUCUCAUCAUUGAGCGCAUGCAGCGGGCACGCGAGAUGGCAGAGAGGCCUUCCUUGAAGCCAAAGCCGCUUCAAGUGGUGCCUUUGCACGGCACGCUGCCAAAGGAGCAGCAGCUCAAGGCCUUUGUGACGCCAGCGCGGGGCAACCGGAAGGUGGUGGUGGCCACGAACCUGGCGGAAGCCUCGGUCACCAUCGAUGGCAUUGUUUACGUGGUGGACAGCUGCCUGGUGAAGUUGGAUGCCUUUUGCCCCUUCAACGGCACCUCCUACCUCAACAUCACCGCCUGCUCCAAGGGCUCGGCUCGUCAGCGCUGCGGCCGCGCUGGCCGAACGCGCGCGGGACACUGCUUCAGGUUGCUCACUGAGUCCGCCUAUCACCAGUUGCACGAGCACACCCUGCCGGAAGUGCAGCGCUCGGAUCUCAAGGAUGUCGUGUUGACCCUGAAGUGCCUGGGUGUGGAUGACGUGGGUGCUUUCGAGUUUCCCACGCCGCCCGCGCGGAAGGCGUUGGAGGUGGCUCUGGAGGACCUUUAUGCCUUGGGAGCCAUCGAUGCAGAGGCACGAUUGGUGGAGCCUUUGGGGCUGCGCAUGGCACAUGGCCCCCUACCGGCACCCUUGAUGCGUCUGCUGCUCCUCUCGGUGGAGGAGCCACACCGCUGCGCGGCAGAGGCGUCCAUCGCCUGCGCGAUGCUGACGAUGCAGCCACCUUGGCUGCCCAGUCAGAACAAGGAUCGCUUGCUGAACUGCAAGGAGUCCUUCGCGGUGUACGAGGGAGACCUGGUCUCGGUGCUGAACAUCUAUCGGCAGUACGAAGUGUAUCGGGAGAAGGACCCCGAGUGGGCCAAGCGCCACCUGCUGAAUGCCAAGCUCUUGGACCGCGCGAUGAAGGUGAAGCAGCAGCUGGGGAUGUACCUGGCCAAGUUCAACCUACCAGAGGAGAGCUGUGGCAGCGAGGUGGAGCGUUUGCAGCGCGUGGCGUGUGCCUCACUCUUCCUCAACUCUGCCAGGCGCUUGCCCAACGGCACCUACCGGCUUUGCGGGGAAGCCCUCACUGACUACGCUGCAGUCUAUGCACAGGCGGCGGCGGUGGACUCUGCAGAGCUGGGAGAGAAGCUGACGGAGCUUUUGCAGGAGCAAACUCGGUGCGUGAGACAUGUGCUGCGGCCUCUGCGCGCGGUUUCCUUGCAGCUGCGGGAUCUUGGCAGCUUUCUUAGGCACCUUUUGCAUCUUUUGCGGAUCCUGUGCAUCUACGUGAAGCUGACGCCGCUCUACACGACGAUCUCGUGCCAACAGGCGAAGCUCCCCGAGUUGAGGAACUUUCAUCUGGGCCUGCCCUUGGUGUCGCCCACCACCUUUGAUAUCAUUGUGCAGAUGAACUGCACCAAUCCGAACCCCUAUUCCAUAGGCUUUGAUUGGAUCGAGAUGGGCGGUGUGUUCCUGGGAAAGAGCAUGACGAAGGUGGGUGACACCUCUGGCGUGCCUGGCAAGACCAGCUUCUUCCCAGCGGACGGUUUCGGCUCGAUUUGGGUUCGAGCCAACACCACAGUGAACGCCUUACUGAUCACGGAGCUCCUGGGCGACGUGUUGACCUCCGGCGGCGAAUUGCCCUUGAAGCUGCAGCUGCGACAGAGGCUGCACGUGGAUGUGUCGCUGAUGGCUGGCAUCGGCAAAAGCGUUUCCCAGCUUUUCGAGAAGGAGUGCGGAAUGAUGAUUGCCAACCUUGGACUACGGCCCAACAUUGGACCGAUGGCCUGUGCCGACUCCUUCGAUCAGCUCGCCAUCCCUCCGGUGGGCGCCGACGUCUUCGACGGCACGAUGCGCAGCUCGGGCCGCCGGUGGCGAGGCGACGUCCGUCUGAGAGAGGGAUUGGAAGACCUCCAAACUGGCUGGCGCUGGCUUCUCGGCGAAACAGGUGGCGCCCAAGAAGAUUCAGGAGGGCAUGGACUUGAAAAACUGGAGCUUGGGCAUCUCCAUGGCGGUCUUCUUCACCUUGGGACUGGUGCUCUACAUCAUGGCGGGCUGUCAGUUCUGGUCGGUCUUCCGGGGCAGCGACCCGAAGGGCAAGCACCUGGAGAUGGGCUCCUCGUCAGAGUCCAGCUGUGA